AUCUCAUCCCAAAAAUCUCUCCCCAAAGUCCAAGGCAUAGCAAGAAAAAACAUAAGGCAAUAAACACCACAAAUGCCAGCUAUUUUAUUUUUAGGAUCAAUAAUAUUCAUUGCUUUGUUUACAUUACAACCUUGUAGUUUUCAUUUCUCAUUUGUUUUGUCUUGUAUGGUCUUGUCCCAAACAAGCUGAAACCCCCUCCUUCUCCUUCAACCCAACCAAAUCACCACAACUCUCUCUUCUUUCACAUUCUUCCUCAAUUCAAUAAACCAAAAUAAUCCAAUACCAAUCACAUGGAUCCGAACGAGCUAAAACGCGUAUUCCAAAUGUUCGAUAGGAACGGAGAUGGUAGAAUAACAAAGAAGGAACUAACAGAUUCAUUGGAGAAUUUAGGUAUCUUCAUACCCGACAAAGAGUUAUCACAAAUGAUCGAGAAGAUUGAUGUCAAUGGAGAUGGCUGCGUGGAUUUAGACGAGUUUGGUGAAUUGUAUCAAUCCAUCAUGGAAGAAAAAGACGAAGAGGAAGACAUGAGGGAAGCUUUCAAUGUCUUUGAUCAAAAUGGCGACGGUUUUAUAACCGUUGAGGAACUAAGAGUUGUUUUGUCAUCUCUUGGUCUUAAACAAGGUCGAACCGUUGAGGAAUGUAAGAAGAUGAUUAUGAAGGUUGAUGUUGAUGGUGAUGGUAUGGUUAAUUAUAAAGAGUUUAAGCAAAUGAUGAAAGGAGGUGGAUUCAGUGCUCUUGGUUAAUUCUAAAAUUCAUUGACAAUUUUAGCCUAGCCUAGCUAUUUAUAUAUGUAUUUAUGUUAUAUGUAAUGUAAUGUAUUGUAACCAAUGCAUGCAUUGUUGCAUGCCAUGACCAAUAUUUAAUGGUAAUUCAAUUCAUCUAAUUCCCAUCUUUUUUGUUUUUCUUCUUUUGGGACAAGAUAGAGAGAUGGGUGUUUUUGUUCUUGUUUUGUAAUUUCAUCACUUUGUUAGGCUUGGUUAAUUAUUUCAUUUCAACUUUGGUGUCUCCAUAUUUUGUUGUAUUUUAUUUGAAUUGUUUUGUUGUAUUUUAUUUGAAUUUUUUUUGUUGAUUGUUUGUUUUGGAUUUAAUUUUUGACAGCCAAUGUAAAAUGUUCUUUUUUUUUGUUACAAUGUAAAAUGUUCUUAUUGUCUUUUGGUUUGA